AUGGGCAAGGCAAUUUAUAAGGAUCGGUUAAAAGUUAUUAAUGAACGAACAAAAAGGUUAUGGAGGUAUUAUCCGGAGUUCCAAAAAAUCGAUUUAUUUGAAAAAAAAAACCCGAGAGCAAGUCCUGACGACAAUAAGCAAUUAGUUGCGUUUAGUAUAUUGAUCUUCAAGAACUUCAAAAAUUACCCCAAUUACGAGGUAGGUAAGAAACGCUACAAGAUCCGUAAACUUUUAGAGAAUAAUUCAAUAAUGGUGAGACUAUGGGGAUCAUAUUCCGCCAUGGACCGAAUUACAGAUCUCAAAGCUAACCAAUAUGUUAGUAACGCCUGGCAUGACUUACUACUAGAAUUGCAUAUAAUUAUUCAAUUGCAUACCUCUUCUGUCAGUUAUUCAAGCCACAUGAGUAUUUAUCCACGUAGGGGUACAAACGCUGAAACAAUAGCUACACGAAGCGUAGAAACGUCGUAUUUUAUCGAAUGCGUAUUCAAACAAGAAUACAGUCUACCCAUGUACCAGUUAGUCAUAUGUGAAAUCUUAUCACAUCAUAUUAUCACACUGUUAGUUAGGAUUUGA